GAGGGGCCCCAGACCAAAGGCGGUGGGCUCCCCAGCCCGGGUCCCGCCUCGGUGCGGCUGCUCGCGCCCCCCGCCCACACCCCCAAAGGCAGCGCCGAAGUGGUCCCGGGUCGUGGCGACAUGCCCGAGCUGGUGGUGACAGCGCUACUGGCGCCGUCGCGCCUCAGUCUGAAGCUGCUGCGCGCCUUCAUGUGGAGCCUCGUGUUCUCCGCGGCGCUGGUGGCCGCCGCCGUCUAUGGCUGCAUCGCGUUCACACACGUGCUGUGCCGGCCCCGACGCGGCUGCUGCGGGCGCCCCCGGAGCGCCCCACCCGCCUGUGUGAGCGACCCCACGCUGGGCGAACACUGCUUCCUGACCCUCAAGAGCUCGGGCCUGCGCCUGCACUAUGUCUCCGCUGGACGUGGCAAUGGGCCCCUCAUGCUGUUUCUGCACGGCUUCCCAGAGAACUGGUUCUCCUGGCGCUACCAGCUUUGGGAAUUCCAGAGCCGCUUCCACGUGGUGGCUGUGGACCUACGGGGAUACGGCCCCUCAGAUGCCCCUCGGGAUGUAGACUGCUACACGAUGGACCUUCUGAUGACGGACAUCCAGGAUAUCAUCCUGGGCCUGGGUUAUUCUAGGUGUAUCCUGGUGGCCCAUGACUGGGGUGCGCUCAUCGCUUGGAAUUUCUCCAUCUACUACCCAUCCCUGGUCGAGCGGAUGGUAAUUGUCAGUGCUGCCCCCAUGUCUGUGUACCAAGACUACUCUAUACACCACAUCGGCCAGUUCUUCCGUUCCAACUACGUUUUCCUGUUCCAGCUUCCCUGGCUGCCUGAGAAAUUACUGUCCAUGUCUGACUUCCAGAUCCUGAAGACCACCCUCACACACCGCAAGAGGGGCAUCCCACACUUAACCCCCAACGAGCUUGAGGCCUUCCUUUAUGACUUCUCACAGCCCGGUGGUCUCACUGGGCCCCUCAACUAUUACCGAAACCUCUUCAGGAACUUCCCCCUGGAGCCCCAGGAGCUUGCCACCCCCACUCUGCUGCUGUGGGGAGAGGAGGACACCUACUUCGAGCAGGGGCUGGUGGGAGCCAUCAGCAGUCGCUUUGUGCCCGGCCGGCUGGAGGCCCACAUCCUGCCAGGCGUGGGGCACUGGAUCCCACAGAGCAACCCUGGGGAGAUGCAUGAGUACAUGUGGGCCUUCUUGCAAGACCUGCUGGACUAGUGGCCCUCGCUCACUGGCCUGUGUGCACCUAGGAGACCCCACAGUGCAUGUACAUGGGUGGACUCCUGGAUUGUGCACGGGCGUGGAACUCGAGGCUGCACCCAAGGGUGUCUGCGGAGGCCCUCAGGCACACGAGCCCAUGGGCUCGCACACAGGUGUGCGUGUAUGCGCAGGUGAACAAGCGCCUCGAUCCUGGAGAACCUGGGGCAGCUCUCCUUGUAGAGCUAGAUGUGGAGCGUCCUACCUCUCCCCUCCCCCAGGGCCUCACUGUUCUCCCCAGCGUCAGCCAUCGGAGCAGCAUCAGACACAGACUCUAACCUUCCUGUCCCUGGCUUUCCUCUGCAGUCUGAGUCUUCAGCUAAAUGCUGCUGUGUCCGAUGGGGUGCUGGCAGGCACAUCUGGCUGCUUCAGUUCACAUGCAAAGUAACUAAAAGAAAAUCAAUUAAAAAUUCAGUUCCC